ACGUCCCACCGGCCCUUGAAGGUGGUGUCCAGCAGCAUCCGGCAUCAUGGGGGGCCUUGAAGCCUCGAGCAAGUUCCUGCUCCCGCUGCUCCUUCUGACUGUGGGUGGUCUCAGUCCUGUCCAGGCCCAGAGUCCCACAUUCCCAGAGUGCAACUGCUCCACGGUGAGCCCUGGUGUGCUGGCAGGGAUUGUGCUGGGUGACCUGGUGCUGACCCUGCUCAUCGCCCUGGCUGUGUACUCUCUGGGUCGGCUGGUUCCCCAGGGGCGAGGGGCCGCGGAGGUGACGCGGAAACAGCGUAUUGCAGAGACUGAGUCUCCUUAUCAGGAGCUUCAGGGUCAGAGACCAGAUGUCUACAGUGACCUCAACACACAGAGGCAGUAUUACAAAUGAGGCCAAACCACGACAAUCAACAACCUGAUGCCUGGAUCCAGUCAUUCCUGAUGCCUGUCCAGUAUCUCAUUCCUACUCCUGCCAAGAUACAGACUCACAGAGUGCUCUCCCGAGAGAUCAGAUCUUUCUCUACUUGUUGCCCCAAAAUAAACAUGAAGCACAAAAACA